AAUUAGUGCAGCAAUUUUUAACUUCAUAUUUAGAUACUUUACACGGAAAUAGGGGUUUAUGUUGAAAAUCUCAUUGCAAAGUAUUGUCCUGAUAUUAUUGCUCCAACUGUCAAUUGUUAAAACAAAGGAUCUUCUUCGUUUAUUCCGUCCAAAGCCAGACUUACCACAAGAGCUUAAUGAUUUUUUAACGGAUGUCCAGGAACACAAAAAAGACUUUGCCUUUAUCAGAAACGUCGCAAGAAAUCAAAGAAAACAUGAACAACGAUUAAGAGAGAACCAUAGAUUGUUUAAAGAAGAUAGCCAAGAAAACUUGAUUACGGAAAAUCCCUUUGAUGACAAAAACCACUUCGACAAUUUGCAAUCUAAGCAGCAUUUUUCCAAUGAUAUUCUUGGAUAUGACAAGCCAACAUAUUCAGAUGAAAAAUAUAGUAAAUUUAUCCACAGUCCAGUAAGAUUACCUAGAAAUAUGGAAGAUAAUUAUCUAGACCAGCACGUGCAACUUCAUUCCAAUGCAGUUAAUGGGAAUAUUAAAAGAUCCGGUCAAAAAUAUCCCAAUAAUAUGGUUCAUACUGAACAGAAAAAUAAAUAUCAUACUGGUUACAUCGUGGGUAUGAAUGAGGACGAUGGAUAUAUAGAUAAAAAUACAGGUUUAAAAGAAAAAAGAGAAGUGAAGAAAAAGAAAAGGGAGGUUGAAAUAAAUAUUAAGACGGAUGGUAAGUUAGUAAAACACGUCGAAGAAGAUCAGAACGGUCCAAAAUCUAUUGUACUUACUAUUAAAUCUGACAAUGAUAAUUCAAAAUUAGAAAGCCCCGAAGCAACUACAGAAUGUCCAGAUAUUAAUAUCACUCCAUCGUUAGAGCAAUCCAAUCAUAUUUUAAAAAACGAGAAUCCAGAUUUAGGACCUAGCAACAGUAAAACAAUCCCUAGCUUAACAGCGAUUAAAAAAGUGGGCGUACCCUUAAGUUCAGUAUUAGAACAACAGGACAUUAACAACCGAAAGAAAAUACAUGAAAUGUCCAAUUAUCAGGAUUUAAAAUUAAAAUUGAAAUUAAAUAAACAUAAUGAAUUUAGACCCAAGUUGAAUUCUGAGGACAUAGAACAACCAGAAACAAAUAAUCCAAAUUUUGAUCAAGGCAUUGAUAUCGCUCAAAGUAAUAUGAACAGUUUCGAAAAUAUCGAAGAAAAGCCUUUAUUUUUAUUCGGACCAGAUUUAGACAUGGACAAGCAACACAAUAAAAACCAAUUCGAGACGGUUCAAAGCUUAGUACUUGAGAAUACCGUUGUUACCACUGAUGGUAGCCAAAUCCCUAUUGAGACGCAGUCUGGAAUUAAAAAGAAAAGAAAUUAUUACGACAAUGUUUAUGAUGGAGAAGAAGCACAACCAAAUUCAAAUGCUAAAAGUACCGAAGUUGAUUAUUCUGAACCUUUGAAUCAGCCUCUAAGCGUCUUAGAUAUGCCAGUAGUACUUAACCAAGAAAACUCUUUACCAGAAUUUGUAGACCAAGAAUCUACAAUAGAUCCAGCAAUUGUCUCCAUAAUCACUACUGAGAGUAUUCUGGAUGUUCAAGUUCCAAUAUUGUCACUUAGUAGUGAACAAUUCAGCCAAACAAAAAGUUCUGAAGAAAUUGGGAAAGCUGUUGUUGAUGAAAUUGAAAAAGCUGAGGAAAUAGCAGAAAAAUCUCGCGAAGAUGGUAGAAAUGAAGGCAUAGAAAAUAUAAAUGAAGAACAAUGUCUAGAAUGUCACAAUGAAAAAUCGACGAAGAAAAAACACCAUCGUGAACACAAACAUAAGCAAACUCAUAACGGUAAAAAAAGAGAAGUUAAAAUGCAUCAUCAAAAAGCAAAGGAAAUUAAAAAUGCUGCUGGAAACAAAAAGGAUAAUUUAAAAGAUGAACAUUCGGACAAGGAUGCCUUGAGAGAUAGAAAACAUUUACCAGCUUUACCGAAAUACAAAAGAAAAUGGCUACGUCAACAUCAAAAGAAAAGAGUUGGAAGAGAAACAGACUAUUAUGAUUUGAAUAAGUAUUACGAUUCGCCUGAUAAUGCUUUCGAUUUUAUUCCAUCCUACAAUAAAAGAAAACUGAAAUCUGCAGACUAUGAAUUUGACCCACACUUAAUCCCAGAUAUUGGCAAUCAUCAAAAAGACUUUAAAAACUUAGUUGAACAUCCAAAGGCAGGAAAAAUUAAAAUAAUUCUUCCCAGGAAAAAAUAUAAAUCAGAAAGUGAUUAUGAAGAUGAAGAAGUCCCUAUCACAUCUAGUCCUUCGAAAAAAGUUCCUUCAAAGAAAACUAGGAACAGAUUUGGUGUUGAUCCUGGAAUAACCACAGAAGACAAUGAUGAUGACUAUGACUAUGCAGAUUUAAGCAGUGAUGCCGAGGAUGAAGAUGAUGAUAUAGGCUACGAAGAAGAAGAAAUUAAAGGUGCUGAUAAUUUAGAUAUCGAAGAAGCUAUAGGACAUAAUAAUAAAAAUGAACAUGAGGAUGACAGGUUGAAUUUUAAUAAUCAGAAGCGACUCUUGCCUGAUGUAAUCAAUUCCGAACAUACGACUAUUGCAAAAAAAGUUCGAAUUUAUUCAGAUAAUUUAGAUAAGGUUCUUAUGGAAGCUAAGGAUGAUUUGACUGCAAAUGCGCAUGCUCAUGGUGGUGGAAGGCAGAAAAAGAAAAAAAAAGGAGAACGCAAAAAGAAGUCAAAGAAUCAGAAGGGUAAGAAAACCUUGGGAAAUAAGCGGAGAAAAAGGAAAUUGUCAACUAGGGAAGGAAAUAACGAAGCAAAAUUGGAACCAAAACCCCUAACAAAUCAACAAAAACAAGACAUUUUUCUCAGGAAUAAUCCUGAAUUUCAACGUUGGCCGAGAUUCGUUCAAAACGACAAUCAAUAUCACAAAUUGAUGCGUGAGCGAGCUUUAAAUAAUCAACAGAGAUUAAAAGGGAAGAAUCAGCUAAACAACCAAUAUUCUCCAAAUGAAUAUUUUGUAGUACCUAGAGCAGAAUUUAAGAGAGAAGAAACUUCUGUUUCUACUGUGGUAACUACUACUACUGAAAGUGAGGCCACGUCAAGUACUCCAGAAGAAAUAAAUCUGAAAACUGAUGAGGCUAGUACCAUGCUCGAAACAACUCUUGAAGGGGCAGGCAAUACUGCUUUAAUACAAGCUGCUCAGGACAUAAUUCAAUCUGCCAAUCCUGAUCUGUUUGAUAAUACUGAAAGAGCUUCAACGAAUUAUUAUUUCACCACUAUUUCAGAUGAUUUAACACUAAACACUCAAUGCGACCAAUAUCAUAAAGACGACGAGAUAACCCCUUGCCCAGAGGAAAGUGCUACUCAUUGUCCGGCCACUAUUACAAGCGUUUUGCCAUUAAUACCAGAAUCCAAGACCCAGUCCUUUAACGUAUCAAAAGAUGAGUUUCUGGACUUAAAUGACAUAGUCGCGGGUACUCUGCCUAGGCAUAUAGCGUCCCAUUCGCUUUCCAUGGCAAGAGGAAAUAUCAGACAGGGGCUCAAGAGGAGUCAACUUAAUAUGAAUUUAGUAAUACCACACUUCAACAGCAGUGCAGCAACUGGUGAAAUACUAAACGAAAUGAAUAGCCUAAUGUUGAAACUUAAAUACCAUACUGUAUGUCAAGCUUUGCCAGCAAACCUGUAUAUGUACGUUAAGCUAAUCACGAAAAAUGAAAUGGACGAUCCAAUGGGAAAAUUGAAAGAGAUGGACGACAUUGAUUUCGAUGAACACCAGAGCACCUACAUGUUCCAUUCCGGUCAGAACGAAAAGAUCCAGGAUAAUGAACAAACAUUAAAAGAACUAUUAAAUAAAUACAAUAAUCUGCCACAGGAAUGUAAAGAGAGAGCCGAACCGGUGAGGGAAUACAUCGUAUCGCACUUGGCGAUGAUUGAGCAUAUGACAGGGAAAAAAGGCGAACUCACGCCGCGGGGUGAGGUAACGGAAUUUCCAGGAAGUGGAGGAAAUUCUAGCGAAACUAAGCCUAAAGUAAAGAAAGCAAUCCAUUCUUCAAAUUUUGAGGAUGCAUCUGAUUUAGACACUCAAAUGAUGGAAGAAGGACUGAAAAAUAGAAAUGCUGGUGCAAAUAAGAUAAUCGAAGAUUUAAGCAAAGUCGGAAUAAAAAAACGGGAAGUUGAGGAAAGUAUUACUCAUAUAAGCACAUCAACAUCGCAGCAAUAUGGAAAGUUGGCCAACGCAGUCAGGAAUGUGAGAAACAUAAGGCAAGUUUUGAAACGCAUAAAUCAAAUUUAUGGAAAACCUAAACCAGGAGAUGACAACAAACAGGUGAAGUUGUUAGCUGAAAAUGAGGAAAACGGCUUUGAGUCCCCACAAGUCAUUAACUUAUAAGUGUAUUUUUUUUAUAGUAUAUUUUUAAUUUUAAUUAAAAAAUAUAGUAUAUUGUUGUAUUAGGAGUAGAAGCUUUACUUUUUUGUGCUGAAGCACCAAAAAAGUGCUUCUACUCCGUAUGCAACACGCUAUUUUUUCUCCAAACAAAUGGGGUGAGCUCGGGGGUGACUGAAUGGUUGAGCGGCAGUAAAAGUACAAGCGGCACUAAAAGUACUUUUGCUGCCGCUCCAGCGUCACUAAAAGUACUUCUACUGCCGCUGCGG